GACAGGUUUGAAAGGAAACGUCUACUUCCUAGUUACCCUGAAAUUGAAACCACAGAGAGCGGAGGGAGCUUGAAUAGGCAUAUUCUCUUUCUUGCAAUUCUCUUCACAGAUCUGAUCAGUUCAUGGCCUCGUCGACGCCGGCCUCAGUUCGACCUAAAGGCAUUUCGGCUUCCAAUUCAAGUCAAAGAGUUCGAAUCGUGGGAAAAAUCAGACCCUUUACUUAUCUGGAGAUUGAAUCCUUUGGUGGUUCCCCAAAUCCUUGGAUUUCUGUUCAAAAACCAGAGCCAGAGUCGUCAGAAAGAGUGACAAUCUCUUUCCAUAACCAAUUGACCAGUCAGAAAGAGUCCUUCAAAUUAGAUUACUGCUAUGAUCAACAUGAGGACGUUGGACAAAUUUUCUCAAGAGAGGUGAGGCCACUGGUUUCAGGGAUUUUCCGGGGUUUGAACGCCUCUGUGCUCGUCUAUGGUGCUAGGGGUAGUGGAAAGACACAGACAAUUCAGGGUUCCAAUGAAAACCCAGGAUUGGCACCAAUGGCGUUAGCUGAAAUUCUAUCUGUAUGUGAGGAAAAUGGAAGCUCAGUUACAAUAUCCUGUUAUGAGGUGUGUCUGGACCAUGUAUAUGAUCUCUUGGAACCAAAGGAGGUAUUAAUCUUCGAAGAUACUGGAGGGAGAAUUGUGCUGAAGGGACUCUCUCAGGUUCCUGUGAAGUCUAUCACAGAAUUUUACAAAUUAAAUUGGACCUCUCGGAAGCCAGUGCAGAAGCCCACAAAUAAUGUUCCAUAUAGGAGCCAUAAGGGCUUGAUUAUUAGCCUUCUCUCCAAUGAUAAAAAUCCCAGUGCUUGCCGUCUAGGCAAGAUAAUUUUUGUGGAUUUGGCAGCUCAUGAGAGUACCAGGAUGAACAAGUCACUGUGUGCCCUGCAGAAUGUUGUGUAUUCUCUGAAUGUCAAUGAACGGGUUCCAUACCGGGAAAGCAAACUUACCCGCAUGUUGCAAGACUCUCUUGGGGAACCAACUCAAAACUUGAUUGUUACUUGUUUGAACCCCUGCCUUUGCCAAGACACCAUCAAUGCAGUCAGUUGGGCUUCCAGAUCAUGCCUUGCUCUCAACCGCAUCUGCCCUGAUUCUAUCAAGAAGACCAAGAGUGUAGGAAUAUCAAUGGUGUACUUCACUCCAAAAGCUGGGAAAACCCAAAACCUCACCGCUUCUACAAAGAAAAUGAACAGGUCCCAGUUGGAAUUCUCUGGGAAGAAUUCAACAGCAACCAAAGGAAGGAAAUUAUUUGAUAGAGCCAAUCCUACCAUCAACUCAAGGCAAGUGAUGUUCUGCACUCCAAAAACUGGGAAAACCCAAAACCUUACCACUUCUACAAAGAAACAGAAUAGCUCCCAAUUGGAAUUCUGCAGGAAGAACACCAAUGGUGUUUCAGCAGCAACAAAGGGAAGGAAAUUGUUUGAUAGAGCCAAUCAUACCAUCAACUCAGAGCAGGAAAUUUCAUUACCAAGUGAUCCUCAUGCAAUAGAACCUUCUAGUGUAAACGAGAGAGUUCGUAGUUUGCCUGAGGUUAGCACUGGAACUAAAUGCGAUGCAAAAGCAUUGAUUGUGGCAGAAGAGAAGGAGAUUGAUAUUAUUGAUGAAGUUAGCUCCAGCAUAUGUGUAAUAGAAGGUGAUGUAGAUAAAGAAAACACAAGUACCAAUGAAGUUGGAUCACCACCAUUAAGUACCAGAAUAAGAGAACUCUCAAACUCUUUGAAGGCUCUCUCUUCUCCAACCCCAUUGAGGAUAAAGUUGCCAUUAGAAGGUUGUAAUUCAUGCAACAAUGAGGUCAGCAAAGACAUAAUGGAACCAAAAACUCCAAAAAUCAAGCAGAGUGUGAGACCAACUGAUAAUUUGGAGAUUGCAAUAACUGGAACUCCUCGAGAGAAAUUUAAUUUGUCUAGUUCCGGACUGAAGAAUUCCCUCAUUCAAGAAUUUCUGAAGUUUUUAAACACUGCAAACAAGGAAGAAUUGAAAGGAAUGAAGGGAAUUGGAGAGAAAAGAGCUAAUUACAUACUCGAACUUCGUAAUGAAUCUCCGGAGCCCUUUAAAGAUUUGAGCGAUUUGCAAAACAUAGGCCUUGCAAUGAAGCAGGUAAAUGAGAUGAUGAAAAAGGUUGCUGGGGGACUCUUCAAUUAGCUUGAUUUUGUGGUUAGGAAUCCCGACUGAAUGUUUGGAUUUCUGGUUGUUUGGUACUAGGAGAAUGUGAAGCAUUGGCAACUUGGAGUUGCCUCUAUUCUUUUUUUUUGGUGGGGGGGGGUGUCUAACCCCAUUUAGUUGGGGGUAAUGAUAUGUUGUUGUUGUUGUUGUUGGACUUACAAAGUACCUGGAGCUUGAAACGGAGAAUGGUUUUCUUAUUUUUCUCUUCUUCUACUAUGAUCAUGCUUUGGCUUUCAUAAA